UUUUGGAAGAUUUUUAUUCUCUUCUGUUCAUCUUCAACUCUACAAGAUUUCAUUAAAAAUUGGGAAUUAGGAAAUGGGAAUGGAGAAAUCUGGGUAUGGAAGGGAUGGGAUCUACAGAUCUCUCCGUCCUCCCGUCGUCUUCCCCAAAGACCCAAACCUCUCUAUGGUUUCUUUCCUAUUCAGGAGCUCCUCUGCGUACUCCGACAAGAUUGCACUCGCCGACGUAGAUUCCGGGGAAACACUCACAUUCGCCCAGUUCAAGUCCAUGGUGGCUAAGGUCGCCCAUGGUCUGCUCCGUUUAGGUAUCAAGAAAGGUGAUGUCGUCCUUAUCUUCUCCCCUAAUUCCAUCCAGUACCCUCUCUGUUUCCUAGGCAUCGUCGCACUUGGAGCCAUUGCCACCACCGCUAAUCCUCUCUACACUACCGCCGAGCUUUCCAAGCAGGUCAAGGACUCUCAUCCCAAGCUUGUCAUCACCGUUCCUUCCCUGUGGGACAAGGUUAAGGAUUUCGGUCUGCCGGCCGUGAUUUUGGGACCUCUCAACGCUUCGCCCUCGGUGGUCUCCGGAGCUGGAAUCACGUCUUUUUCCGACCUGGUUAAUUUGGCCAGAGGACCCGUCUCCGAUUUCCCCAGGGCUUCGGUCAAACAAGCCGAUACGGCGGCACUCUUGUACUCCUCUGGCACCACGGGGACAAGCAAGGGCGUUAUUAUUACACACCGCAAUUUCAUCUCUGCCGCUCUCAUGGUGACCAUUGACCAGGAUUUCGCCGGCGAGAUGCACAACAUAUUCCUCUGCUUCCUUCCCUUGUUCCAUAUAUUUGGACUCUCCAUCAUUACCUAUGCCCAGUUGCAGAGGGGCAACAUGGUUGUCACGCUCGCGAAGUUCGAAAUCGAUAUGGUUCUAAGAUCAGUGGAGAAGUAUAGGGUGACCCAUAUGUUUGUAGUACCACCGGUCAUGAUUGCUUUGGCCAAGCAGAGUGUGCUCAAGAAGUACGAUCUCUCUUCUCUCAAGAACCUUGGUUCCGGCGCGGCCCCCCUUAGUAAGGAAAUAAUGGAGGAAUGUGCUAAGAACUUGCCUCACGCCAAUGUUCUUCAGGGCUAUGGGAUGACUGAAACUUGUGGAAUUAUCACACUAGAGAAUCCGAGACAAGGUCCUCGUCAUUCUGGUUCAACUGGACACCUUGUUCCAGGAGUUGAAUCACAAAUAAUUAGUGUGGAGACACUGAAGCCUCUUCCUCCCAAUCAAUUAGGGGAAAUAUGGGUCCGAGGGCUAAAUAUAAUGCAAGGUUAUUUCAACAAUCCUGAGGCUACAAAGUUGACCUUAGAAAAGAAAGGCUGGUUACAUACUGGAGAUCUAGGAUAUUUCGAUGAAGAAGGACAGUUAUUUGUUGUCGACCGAAUAAAAGAGCUCAUAAAGUACAAAGGAUUCCAGGUGGCACCAGCCGAGCUUGAAGGAGUUCUUCUCACUCAUUCAGACAUAUUAGAUGCUGUUGUUAUCCCAUUUCCUGAUGAAGAAGCUGGUGAGGUCCCAAUUGCAUAUGUUGUCCGUUCACCCAACAGCUCAAUAAGUGAAGAAGAAGUUCAGAAAUUUGUUGCAAAGCAGGUUGCUCCCUUCAAAAGAUUGCGAAGUGUAACAUUCAUCAGCACUGUUCCAAAAUCAGCUUCUGGAAAGAUCCUUCGAAGAGAGCUUAUCGAGAAAGUCCGAUCCAAAAUAUGAGGUUCUAGGAUUAUCAUCGCCCGCACCUUCAUCUUUUCCACUGUUUAUCAACCAGGAAUGGGAAUAAUUCCAGGGCCUCGGCUUACAACACAGCUAUUGUAGAUGGAAUGGAUGUUUUUUCCUCAUGAAUGAUUUUCAUUUUGCGUAGAGGGGAAAUAGAGGUAAUUCAAUAAUGAAUUAUAUAGGGACUCCAUCUGGAUAGAUAAAAAAAAAUUCAUAUUGAUCUCCCCAUUUAGGUUAUCUGCAUUUAUUGAUAGUUGCCUCUGUAAUUUGUAUGAUAAAGCACAUUAUUUCAUUAAGGUAAACCACAAAAUUCUUGGAGA